AUGUUGGGAAGUGGCUACAGCGAUCUUGCGACGCCAGCAUCGACAAAGGAGCUAUGUGGGGACCAGGGAUGUGGGAAGCAGUUUGGGGCCACGGCUUACACGAAGCAGCUGUCGGACCUUCAGUCAGCUCGGCCCAAUGUGGACCCCCACGUCUUCAAGGAGAAGCUUCUGACAGCGGAGAGGCUGUACAGUGAGGUGAAGUCGCAGCGAGAUGCCUUCGCCGCAGCAGAUGCGGAGGCCAAGGAGAAGACGUCGAGAUCACAGGCAUCGACGGCGAAGAUGAAGACGCUGACGGAUGCGCUGCGAAGGUAUGACCAGGAGUUGCAGGAGCUGCGGUCGGAAAGGAAGGACAAGGAGACCAAGGCAGCGAUGCUCAGGUCCCAGGCCAACACACCGGGUCUUGCUGAUCGGAAACGACAGGUCCAGGAGGACAUCGAUCGGAACCUGGAAGAAGCCCGGGAGCUGCAGGUAAUUGGCCGUCGGGUGCAGCAAGGAGAAGAUGGCUACAUCUCAGAGGGGCAAAGCAGGGAGUCGAAGAUCUCUGAGCUCACCAACAAGUUGAAUGAACUGAAACGGCACCAUCAGACGCUCCUGCAGAAGCAGAAGGAGCUGGAUAUCGAUCCGGUUGAUCUGGGGAAUCGAGCGGAGAAGCUCGAGACCGAAGCUCGGGAUCUCGACGCUCGGGUUAUCACCCUGGAGGACAAGCAGCGGCAAGCUGAACGCGAAAGGAUCGAAGCUUCAGGCGACGCCACGCGCGAAGCCGAGGAUGCUCGGAUUGCCCGAGAUCACAGUUCGAACCUUUCAAGCCGCCUGGCCUCCGUGGAAAGGGACGCCAAGGCACAGCUUUCUGCGCUGCAGCCAAUGAUCCAGGAGCAGCACGCGGGUUGGCAGCGGCUGCUGGAAAAGCAGCGAAAUCUCGACGAGGACCAGCACAAUCUGGCUAUGAAGCUGUUGGAAGCGAAAACCAGCGCUGACUCCGAGGCUCGUGCGCGUGAGCACGUGGCUGGAGUGGUGCAGGCCCUCAUUCAGUCACUGCUCGGCUUCUCGACUUUUCUCGACAGCUGCGGCGAAGCCGUGCCUACAGCCGUGCCGACGGCCGUGCCAGCGCCAGCGGUAGAAGAGGUGGCGGCGCCCGUCGUGGCAGCCUCCGUGCAAGAAGCAGCUGCGCCGUCCACCGUGGCGGCACCGUUUCAAGAUGACUUCGACGAAUUCUUGAACGACCUGCCAAGCUUGGGCGCAGUCGGAGGAGCAGCGGAAGGCGAGGGCGGCGCGCCUGAUUCGCUGUGA